AUGGCAUGCUUCGAGAAUUUUACAGCUUCCUCGACGGGGCACAGGAGUCCGUCACCUCAAUCCUCAAUAGCUGCACAUACUACCAACCUCAGCUAUGAGAUUCGUCCCUCACCCACCGUGUUCAGCGCCUUGUUUAUCAACGGCAUGAUUCUAGGCUUGAAAGCUUGCUCGGCUGUUCCGGCAUUAUCCCCCCCUGCUUCUUCCACCGUGCCACUAUCAUUACAACCCACGCCGACUCAACUGCUCACGAUUCAUCAACCGGGGAUAGACAGAUUUCCCUUUUCCAAAAUGCGUGAUAACCUCAUCAACAUGUGUGCCGUCAUUGACGAAGAAGAAUUCACCCGGGACCUAUUCACUAUGCCAAGCUUCAACAUCGCGCCUGGCCUCGCCUCGUGGGAUCCUAAAGCCUGGAAGAUUGAGAGAUAUUUUGCCGUCAAAUGGGGCUUCCUGUUCUAUUGA